UUCAAGCUGAAAAUCAAAAUCCUUGCAGGUACUGUGGAGCUGCAAACAGGAAUGCAGUCAAAGAAGCUAUGGACAGUGCUGAUGUCAGGCCAGGCUAUGUACUCCACCAACCGAGGCACAGUGGGUGGGUUUUUCCUGGCUGGAAGGAGCAUGGUUUGGUGGCCGAUUGGUGCUUCUCUGUUUGCCAGCAACAUUGGCAGUGGGCACUUUGUGGGAAUAGCAGGAACAGCAGCAGCUGGAGGAAUUGCCAUCGGAGGAUUUGAGUGGAAUGCUCUGAUAUUUGUGGUGGUUCUAGGAUGGAUCUUUGUGCCCAUCUACGUCAAAGCUGGGGUGGUGACAAUGCCAGAGUACCUGAAGAAGCGUUUUGGUGGGAAGCGGAUCCAGGUCUACCUGUCAGUCCUUUCCCUGAUCCUGUAUGUUUUCACAAAGAUCUCAGCUGACAUAUUCUCUGGAGCUGUAUUUAUCCAGCUGGCCAUAGGGCUGAAUCUUUAUGUGGCCAUAAUUAUCCUGCUUGCUAUUACUGCUCUUUACACUAUCACAGGUGGCCUUGCAGCUGUGAUUUACACAGACACCUUGCAAACGUUCAUCAUGGUAGUGGGGUCUGUUAUUCUCACAGGAUUUGCAUUUGCUAAAGUAGGAGGGUAUGAGGCUUUCAUGCAGAAAUACAUGGCAGCUAUUCCAUCCAACACCACCUAUGGGGACACUGUGGUGGAUCCCAAGUGCUACACCCCCCGCAGCGACGCCUUCCACAUCUUCCGGGACCCCGCCGGGGACCUGCCGUGGCCAGGGCUCGUCUUUGGCCUGAGCAUCAUUGCCAUGUGGUACUGGUGCACAGAUCAGGUCAUUGUCCAAAGAUGUCUCUCUGGAAAGAACAUGUCCCAUGUAAAGGCUGGCUGUAUCCUGUGUGGGUACCUCAAACUCUUGCCCAUGUUCAUCAUAGUGAUGCCUGGAAUGAUCAGCCGGAUUUUGUACCCAGAUGUGGUGGCUUGUGUUGUGCCUGAAAUCUGUCAGCGCUACUGUGGCACCGCAGUGGGCUGCACAAACAUUGCUUAUCCAAAACUGGUAGUGGAGCUUAUGCCAAAUGGUCUGCGGGGUCUGAUGCUGUCAGUCAUGCUGGCCUCCCUUAUGAGCUCCCUGACAUCCAUUUUUAACAGCGCCAGUACUUUGUUCACGAUGGACAUUUACACCAAAAUUCGGAGCCGGGCAUCUGAGAAGGAGCUGAUGCUGGCUGGCAGGGCAUUUAUGUUAUUGUUAAUUGGCAUCAGCAUUGCCUGGGUUCCCAUUGUGCAAUCAGCUCAGAGUGGGCAGCUCUUUGAUUACAUUCAGUCUGUAACCAGCUACCUGGGACCUCCCAUUGCUGCUGUUUUCCUGCUUGGUAUCUUCUGCAAGCGUGUCAAUGAGCAGGGUGCCUUCUGGGGCCUGGUCAUUGGGCUGCUGGCUGGACUGGGCAGGAUGAUCUCAGAGUUUGCCUACGGAACUGGCAGCUGCGUGGCCCCUUCCAACUGCCCCUUCAUCAUCUGUGGCAUUCACUACCUUUACUUUGCAAUCAUCCUCUUUGGGGUGUCUGCCAUCGUCAUCCUGGCAGUCUCCUUCAUGACCAAGCCCAUUCCUGAUGUACAUCUUUACCGCUUGUGCUGGUCCCUGCGGAACAGCAAAGAAGAACGGAUUGAUCUUGAUGCAGAUGAGGAGCAGGACAGAGCUGAUGAAAAAGAUGAUGAAUCAGUUAAUGAGGAAAACCAGGAGGACCCAGGAUGCUGUAGGAAAGCUUACAACUGGUUCUGUGGCUUGGACCAACAGAAGGGUCCCAAACUGAGCAAGGAGGAAGAAGAGGCAAUGAAGCAGAAACUGAUGGACACCAGUGAAGUGCCACUGUGGAGAAACAUUGUGAAUGUCAAUGGCAUCAUCCUCUUGACUGUGGCUGUGUUUUGCCAUGCCUACUUUGCAUAACCCCCUGAUCACAGUCCUGAAAUUGUACUGCAUGGUUCAAGCAAGAAUGAUGGCUUGUAGAUUUACACAAUUAGAAACACACUGUAUUUUCAUUAUCUACAUUUGUAAAACAUCAGAGUGAUUUACUCACUGAUUUUGUGAUCAUAAUUUCAACAAUUUCUAGAUGAAGGCCACUGGGAUUUCAAGAGAGAGAAUUUCUGUUUAGACGUUGAACCAAUCCUGGGCUGAGGUUCACAAUUUCCAUCCAAUAUUCUCUCUGUUCGUGAUACAUUUCAUAUUUUAGGUUCUGAACAAGGCUGCAUGAGCCAUAUUUCAUAUCAGGUUUUGUGAACUGUCUUUUAGGGUUGAUGACACUGUUUUGAUUUUCAACCCUUCCUCUGAUCACUCAAUUUCCUCUUCCUUUGGCUAUGAUAAUUUGAUUGCAAAUCCCUGCAACCACCGAGGGACUGUAACACAAACUCUACACAUCGCUUUUGUUCCUCCAAACAUGGGAUAUUUUA